GAUCUGCAGCUACAGCAAUGGCACCUACAAUCACUUCAACAGAUUACCCAAAGGAACACCUGAAUCCCCACAAGAUAAGAAAGCCACUUGUGGAGAAGAAGCGGAGAGAUCGCAUCAACAACUGCAUCGAGCAGCUCAAGGAUCUUCUGGGUCCAAAGCUCCUCAACCAGCAGGCCGACUCCAAGCUGGAGAAAGCUGACAUCCUGGAGAUGACCGUUUGCCUCCUGAGACGGCAUCUUCAUGCAGUGAAAACUAAACCCUCUGGCGAUGCUGCCAGUCAGGGCUUCUCCAGGUGUGCUCAAGACGUUGUUCACUUCCUGUCCGAGGACUCUUGGAAAACACAGUCCCAUAGGAAGUUGCUGACCCAGUUCCAGACCCUACAACCACCACGCAAUGACUACAGGAGGGAAAGUGACCAGUGCCUGUUGGGCUCUCCUGUCCAGCAGUGCAGGGCAAAGACAAGAGUCCAGCCAAGAGUGCCCCCUGGAGGCCCUGGUAGAAUUACAGAGACUUCUCAACAUGACUUGGUCAGAGAUGAGAAACAGAAGAAACUUCACGUUGAUGAAGCCUACAGGGGUUGAUCAUCUUUACGUUAAAGGCAUAUAAUUAUUUUGUAAGAAAAGAUAUAUUGCUUACUUUUUUAAGCAUGUCUUCAUUGAAGACAAACAUUUUUAGAAUUCCAUUAAUGAUUUCAAUUUGAAACUUCCAUAAUGGAUUCCCAUUGGUGGACAAGAUCAGAUUCACAGAAUAUUAACAUUUUCUGUGAAAUGUACUAGUUUAUUUUUCACUAUUAUCUUCAAAGAUAGAACAUGUUUAUGAAAUGUCAUGAUUUUACAUGACUAUUUUCAUUAUGUUAUUAUUUCCAUGAAAUGUGAUCAUUUUUGUUAACUUCCAAGCUUGUUUUAGAGCUUUUUUAUUGUAACACACUGAAGGAUGGUGUCUAUAUAAGAUCUCAUAAAAGUGAGGCAAAGUUGACUUUCUUAAUAUUUAAGAAAAAUAAAUGUUACCUUCAACUGGAAGGAGUGUUAUUAAGACUUUUUGAAACACAAUAGUUGUUUCUGAUACAAUCCGACAAAUAUCUUUUAUAAAGAUUAAUUAUUAUUUGCCUCUUCGUCCCAGUGGAGACAGAACAGAUGUUGACAUGAAUCUUUUUUCAGAUUUGUUUGAAUAUACUUUUCUGUUAUGGCAGUUUUCAUGCCAGAAAAUUACAAUAAAAUAUGCAAUUCAA